CCUGAGGGACGGGCCCGGCCCGGCCUCCUGUGUCUUGUGCACCACAGGAGUUGCGUGGGAAGCCCCAACACCUUCCAAAACCGUUCAAAACCUCUCAAGAAUACAAAGCUGCCUAUGGUCCAAGGCCUAGGUGAAAGUGUUGGGCCUGCUGUGUAUGACAGAGGUUUGAGCUGAACAUCCUUCGACUCUGCAUUUUGUAUAAAUAGAUGGAUGUUCUUCUAAAGGUUGUGGUGAUUUUGCCUUCCAUAGCAAAACUUACACAUCUAGGUUUAAGGAAUUAGUGGGUCUUGGGGGUUUGUCGCAGAAUCACAGAGUGCAUGAUGUGGGAAGGGACCACAGUCGUUGAUCUGGUGCAACCUUGCUGCUCAAGCAGGGUCAUACUAGAGCUCAGGGCACAGGAUUGUGUUUACUGGGCAAUGUGUUCCAGUAAAGAAGCUAUUAAUAUUCAGGUGGAAUUUCUUGUGCAUUGCUUUAUGCCCAUUGCCUCCUGUCCUGUUUCUUGGGAUAUUUUGUGUCUUGUGACAAAUUGUCUCCAAAUUUCAUCAGCUGGCAUUGUGGGGAUGCUCUGUCCCCCUUCCCCGAUCCACUGAGAGACAAUGUCCUUAGUGUCAUCCAUUCUCGAUUGUUUCCUCUUCCCAAGUUCCGUGUACUCACCAGCUUCAUUUUGGAGCCUGCUUUCGCAGGGGAGAGGAGGAACAGCAAGUGAGCCAGAGGAUGGCUGGAGUCUGCGGGGGGUGGCACUGCUGUGAGCAGUUUUUACCAGGCUCAGGAAGGGAAGGAAAAUAAGCCUGGGGUGCUCAGAAUUGCGGGAUGUGUUCAGAAGUUGCAAAGUUUAGGGGCAUUUAAUGCCACACGAUCUGAGUUGUGUUAGAUAUGGUGCAUGGACUGCUGGCAUGUUGAGACUGCCAGGCAUGAGUUCACAGCAUCCUUACAAGACUGGGUCACUUCCUUGCCUUACACAACACUCUCCCCUUAUACAGUCAAAGAUUGCAUUCUCUGUAUAUACAGCAUUAUUUGAGGGUUUAUUCUGGGGUGGUUUUACACUGUUACUGUUAGCUUCUCACCAGAAUCCAAGCCUUUGAUUCUUAAAUUCAAUUUUUGUCAUUGUUUUCCCAAAACAGUUAUCACCUUAAGUGUUUAACUGCAUCAAAAUGCAUCAGGGCUGGUAUCUUUCAACAAAGCAAUUUACUGUUGUGGUAAUCUAGUCUUUGUUAUAUGGUGUAUAUAUAUAUAUAUAUACACACACUAUAUAUAUACUAUCUAUAUAUACUAUGCAUGGUAAGAUUUUGCCACAUAUUUUGUGUAAUUCUCACAGCUAUAGAACUACUAAACAGUUUUGGCCCAUGAGCUGAGACCUUUGGCACUCUGCUCACUGACACCAUGGUAAUGACUAUCGUAACUCCUUAGAGAUUGGUCUGUAAAUCAUUUUAUAAAUCCAGCUUGUUCUUUAUGUCCAUAUGAUAAGGUACAAAGUCAAGUGCCUUAAGGGAAUCCAGAUAUAUUCUGUGAGAACAGUUACUUAUCAACAGAAUUUACAGUCCUCCAAAAGGCAAAGAAAACUAUUAUAUAAAGUUCUUCUACAUUAAGGAUCUUCCAUAUCUCUGACACACUGACACUGCAGACAAUUCAGUGGUUGGUGGAUCUUAAAUUAUGCAGGGAAGUUUAUUCCAAAUUAGAACAUUUAUGGCAGGACCACACAAUAUAACUUCUUUAUUCUUCUAUAACUGUCCUCAGGCCAAACAUCAGUUGCACAAGAAACCCUCAGUCACUUGAAUUAAUCAUGCUUCUACGGUAGCAUGAUUAAACAGGAGGAGUUUAAUCCUUUCUAUACUGCAGCUGCUGGGAUCAGGAUGGGACUGGUGGCUGGAACUGGGAAUGUGACAGAGUGUGAAGUGACAAAGGGCUCUGCCAGGAGAUGCAGACAGGCAGUGCAGAGGAGGACCAGGAGCACAGAGACCCAGGCUCCUGGGAGCUGCUGCCAAAACUGCAGCUGUUCUGAUGAUUCUGUUUUGUUUAGAGGCCUCCUCUGUUAGGUAAUGGGGCAGGUCUGAGAGCUCUUUAGUGGUCAGUGCACUGCCUGCAUCCUGCCUCUCCUCUACUUCCCUCUCCAUUUCUCCUCCCCAGUUCAUUUUAUGGUCUGUCUGUCCCUCAGAUUUCCUCCUUCAACCUUCUGUCCCCUGCUGACACCAUUAUUUUGCUGCCAGCAGCUGUAGCAUUUUUUUCUCCCCCCAAGAUACUCUCCCUGCAGGUGUGUGUGGACAAAGGGGGAGGAAAGUGAGAAAAAAGUUGUAGAAAAAUUUUCAGAACUGCUGAAUCAUCUGCUAUUUUUACAAAGAGUAAGGGCAGAAAUGAAAUGAAAUGAAAUGAACAAAGGGAGUCAGUGCUUAGUAGUCACCAUAGUCUGUGCUUUGAAUAGCAAGAACCAUGAUUCUGCUUUCUCAUUCAUUCUUGUGCUGCGAGUGCCCUUCUCGUGUGCAGGGAGAUGCAGAGCAGCGAGGCUUGGUCCAUAAGCUUCCUAUGAAAUAUCAGGUCAAUAAUAAGCUUCCACAACCUUCUUGUUCCUCAGAUUCCAGGCUUGCUCUGGCCAGAUGUGAGACCACACCCAAGCAGAGGCCCCUGGGUGAUUAUACAGAAAUAGUAUUAAUUGAUAGUAAUGCCACAAAAAUGAAACCUUUCCACUGCGUCACAAGAGCAAGAGAAAUUCCUCUGUGUGUGAAAUUAGAUCUGUUGUAGAGUUUUUUUGUGAACAGCUGCAAUUGCACCCACGCCGUUUUUCCCUUUUCAGAGAGAGGGAGGAGAAAACAGCCUUUGCCCAGUGCUAUUUUCCAUAUCUCAGGACAUGCAUGGGUGCUUCUCUUGUCUGACUUGGGGCAGGUUCUAAACUCACAGGUUGAGAGGAAAUGAGGACCAGUGUCCAAAGGAAAGGAAGUCUGAGCAAGGCUCUCAUGUCACUCAAAUAAUUCAACACAUCCUUCUGACAAGUGGAUCCUAGGAAAAGGCCACCAGGAGCCUUGUUUUGCUGACCUUUGAGCUCUCUACCAUGGACAGCCCUAAGGUUAGUUUCUCACAGCUGUGAUUUGCUGAGCAUUUGUCUUUACAUCUGUCAAAACUGUUAGAAUCUGACUUUGAAACCCUGAUUUCUCUUGUCACCUGGGAGGACAGGGGGGAAUAGUACAUGAAGAUGGGCAGAUGCAUGGUGGGAAGUUAACAUUUGUUGUAAAUAUUUAACUUGAUGCCUGGAAAACUGGACUGGUUUUUAAGCAUCUUUGUUUAUUCUCCUGCAGAAGGGUUGUUGCCUGCCAGAUUUCUCAGAGGAGGUGUUCAGCAGGCCCACAGGUGUUUGUGUUAGGCAGUGUUUAGCUAAACCUUUGACAAAAUAUAAAGUAUUGUUUAUCAUUACAAUAUAUAGCAUGUACAAUGAAUUACAGACAUUGAAUACAGAAUGGAAGAAGCAUAUUCCUGUCAUAUUAUGUCCCUUUCAGAAUUAAAGUCAGAACUGUUACUCUGGUUCCACUAAAUGAACCAACAUUGUAACUUCAGUUUUUAUAAAAGAUACCUCUGAGUAUAUAAUGCUCAUCAGUGAUGAGACAUGUUUAGCCCAUUAGGUUGGAGUUUGGAAACUAAGAAAUGCACUCAGUGUCUCUGCACACAUCUUCAGUACCCAUCCCCUAAAAACUUUAAACAGCAGUGAGCUGUGCAUAAAUACACUUUAAAAGUCUUUGUGAAUAAUUUUUAAAAAGUGUUUUCUGAUAAUAGUGUUGUGGAUGAUAGACCUGCAAUCAGUAUGUUGAUCUCCUUACCAAGUUACAGGCCUGCCUGAAGGGCAGGAAAAGUUCCAGCCAGAUUCUGCUAUUGAAAGUACAUUUAUUUUUGGUAUCAUCAAGUAGAAAAUGUAGCUCUUUGGCAUGAAUUUAUAUGCCUGUUCUUUUUCUGCACAGAGAAAAAAGAUGUUAACAUUUUGAGCACAACCAUCUUUAGACAUAUGUUUUGUGCUCUGGAGCCAGAGCAAUUCUAAGACACUGGACAAUCAGAUUCCUAAAGAGGCUGAUAUUCAUGGCAUACCAUAUUGCUAGGAAAUGUAUGUACUUCAAACUUUUUAGAUUUUUAUUAGUAGGGUACUGAUGAUCCUUUUCAAAUAUUAUCAUCACAGUUAAGCAUUGUAAUAAAUAUUUCAUAUCACAAAAUUGCAGAGCGGCUGAGGUUGGAAGGAACAGGCAGGAACCACUCACCUUCUUCACAGCAAGGACUUGUUGCUGGCUCAUCUCUGACCUGGUGUCCACCAGGACCCCCAAUCCCUUUUCUGCCAAGCUGCUUUCCAGCUGGGGGCCCUGAGCAGAUACUGGUGCAGGGGGCUGUUCCUCCCGAGCUGCAGGACUUUGCACUCCUCCUGGAUGAAGCUCAUGAAGUUCUCCAGCCAGCUGAGGACCCUCUGGAUGGCAGCAUGGCCCUCUGGUGUAUCAGCUCCUCCCAGGGUGGUGCCAUCAGCAAACCUGCUGAGAGUACUGCCACCCCCACCAACCAGGUCAUUAAUGAAGACAUUGAACAGGACUGGGUCCGGCUCUGACCUGUAGGGGACAAUAUUAGGCACUGACCCCCAAUUAGACCUUGUGCUACUGACCACUGCCUUUUGGGCCUGGAUCACUGCAGACACCUGUUCUGCCCUAAUCUGCUCAGGGGAUUUAGGGGAAGAUUGUUUGAUUCAUUCUAGGUGAUGCGUGGGAGAAACAACAAAAAUAUCUGCAAGUUCAAUAACAAACUUUUAUUUGCAAACUUUAGAAUACUAAGGUAGAGUAAGGACCUUGGCAAAUUUUAAAACAACAUCUAGACAAAGUAAGGCACAAAAUUUUCACAAAUUUUUAAUUUUUUAAAAUUAAAAUUUAAUUACUAUUUCACAAUUUAUUAAAAUUUAUUAAACUUAGCCAAAUUUAUUAAAUGUAGCCAAAUUUAAAUUAUUCAGACAAAACAAGGUACUUUCAAAGGCAUUGAGUGGAAUUUUCUCGUCUGGCUUACAACAUAUUUUGAGAAGAAGUGAGAAAAGAAGAAAAGAAAAGAAAAGAAAAGAAAAGAAAAGAAAAGAAAAGAAAAGAAAAGAAAAGAAAAGAAAAGAAAAGAAAAGAAAAGAAAAGAAAAGAAAAGAAAAGAAAAGAAAAGAAAAAAGUUAGCUACCAGUAUUUCAUGUUUAUCAACCACUUGGAAAUAACCUGGUUGCUCUUUAAAAAACUGCUGAGCUCAACGUACUUAAAAUGCUGUGGUGACAUGGAAACUGAAUUGACAUUGUGGUGAUUCAGAACAUUUGGAAAGGACCUUCUGUUGUCAAGAAGAUUCAUGAUUGAUGUUCAGUUGCAAGUGCAGUGAUUUUAAUCACUUGAGUAACACUUUUGGCUAUUUCGCACAGUAUCAAAGGUAUCCAUCGCCAUCUAGUGACACCACGUUGUGCCCGAGUCUGAGCACGGAACCGGAGCGUUCCCAGGGAGAAGAUGGUGCAGCAGGACUCCUGCCACCCUGUUUCAGAGGCACUGAUGUUCAAUGGCUAGAAGAGAGCUGACAAGUGGCUGAAAUGAAUACUACUACUAUCCUACAAGAGAUUUUGAUUAAAAGAUCACAGCAGAAGAAGAGGACUUCUCCCUUAAACUACAAAGAGAGGCUUUUUGUGCUUACAAAGUCUAUGCUAACAUACUACGAAGGUCGAGCAGAGAAAAAGUACAGAAAAGGAUCUGUGGAUAUUUCAAGGAUUAAAUGUGUAGAAGUUGUAAAAAGUGAUGGUAUUAUUCCAUGUCAAAAUAAAUAUCCUUUUCAGGUUGUGUAUGAUGCUAACACACUUUAUAUUUUUGCACCGAGUGCACAAAGCCGGGAUCAGUGGGUGAGGAACCUGAAAGAAGAAAUAAAGAACAACAGCAAUAUAAUGGUAAAAUAUCAUCCUAAAUUCUGGACAGAGGGAAUUUAUCAAUGCUGUAGGCAGACAGAAAAAUUAGCACCUGGCUGUGAAAGAUACAGUCUUUUUGAAAACAAUGUAAUGAGAUUAUCCUCCUCGAUGCCAGAAAAAAGUGCGCGAAGGCCUCCUCCACCUGUUCCUCCAGUUGAAGAAAAUGGGAAUGAAGAGGAGGAGAUAGUGGUAGCAAUGUAUGACUUUGAACCUACAGAACACCAUGAUUUAAGACUAGAGAAAGGUGAAGAAUAUACAGUGAUUGAGAAGAACGACAUCCAUUGGUGGAGGGCAAGAGACAAAUAUGGAAAACAAGGAUAUAUUCCAAGCAACUAUGUAACAGGAAAGAAGUCCAACAACCUUGAUCAAUAUGAGUGGUACAGCCGAAACCUGAACAGAAGCAAGGCAGAGCAGCUCCUCAGAAAUGAGGAUAAAGAAGGUGGUUUUGUCGUGAGAGACUCCAGCCAGCCUGGCCUGUAUACUGUUUCCCUUUACACAAAAUUUGGAGGGGAAGGUUCAUCAGGAAUAAGACACUAUCAUAUAAAAGAAACAGUGACAUCGCCAAAACAGUACUACCUCGCAGAAAAACAUCUCUUUAACUCCAUUCCAGAAAUAAUUGAAUAUCACAGCCAUAAUGCAGCAGGUCUCGUUACCAGGCUGCGUUACCCGGUGACCCCAAAGAGGACGACAGCACCGACAACGGCAGGAUUCAGCUAUGAGAAAUGGGAGAUUAACCCCUCAGAACUGACAUUCAUGAGGGAGCUGGGGAGCGGUCUGUUCGGCGUGGUGCGCCUCGGGAAGUGGAGGGCACAGUACAAAGUGGCCAUCAAGGCAAUUCGGGAAGGUGCCAUGUAUGAAGAGGACUUCAUUGAAGAAGCUAAAGUAAUGAUGAGGCUAACACAUCCUAAACUAGUUCAGCUGUAUGGUGUGUGCACACAACAGAGGCCCAUUUACAUCGUGACAGAGUUCAUGGAGCAUGGCUGCCUUCUCAAUUACCUGAGACAAAAACGGGGAGUUUUGAGUAAAGACACUCUGCUUACUAUGUGCCAGGAUGUAUGUGAGGGAAUGGAGUACCUGGAGAGGAACAGCUUUAUCCACAGAGACCUGGCUGCCAGGAACUGCUUAGUGAGUGACUCAGGAGUGGUCAAAGUCUCGGAUUUUGGAAUGACGAGGUAUGUCCUUGAUGACCAAUACACAAGUUCUUCAGGGGCUAAAUUUCCUGUGAAAUGGUGCCCCCCAGAAGUCUUUAAUUACAGCCGAUUCAGCAGCAAGUCAGAUGUCUGGUCAUUUGGUGUUUUAAUGUGGGAAGUAUAUACAGAAGGAAAAAUGCCUUUUGAAAAAAACUCCAACUAUGAAGUGGUAACAAUGGUUAGCCAAGGACAUCGCUUGUAUCGGCCCAAACUGGCCUGUAAGCAGAUGUAUGAAAUGAUGAUGAUGUGCUGGCAGGAGAAACCAGAGGAACGCCCGACUUUUGAAGAGUUGCUUCAUGCAAUCAUUGACAUUGCAGAGGGUGAAGAUGCUUUUUGAAAAAAGGCAACAGCAGCACAAGCAGAGAAAAUCAGGCACUUCCCAUAGAUAUGUGGCUUCUUAGUUUCUUUUUAAGAACUUGAUCCUGUAAGCUGUUGGAUGCUGCUAAAUAAACAAUGUGGGGGACAUGUAAUAUCUGAUGCACUCCAGAACAAGGAGAGUUUUCCAUGAUGGGAAAUGAGCACAGUAUCUUCAGCAAUACUAGUAAUCUGUAUAUUUUCUCUAAAAAGUCAGCAUUGCAUAGCUGCAAAUUUGAGGUCAUUAUGGAGGGAGAAAAUGUGGCCAGAGGCCAGGAACCUCGUUUGCAUUUAGUGGGCUGGGUUCAUGUACAUACAGUCCAUGUUUUUGGGUUUCUCUUUACAUGGGCAGUAGCAUUAGUAGUGAUUUGUAUGCUUAAAAAUGGAAGAUGUCGAUAAAUGUCUUUUUACUGACACAGAAAUAUUUCCAGAGAUACUUCAGAUACGUUGUUUUUCUUGGCUGAUGGGUGUUUAUCAAGAUGAAAUGCACCUCUUUCAUUUGCACAUGGUAUGUUCUUACCAGCUCAGUUUAGCAUAACACUCUGAAAGCUGUGCUUCAUGAGCCAUGAUAUGCCUGGAGUCAUUGUAAAGUUGGUUUACCAGAGACCUCUCAUGCUUAGUCUUCAUGUUACUAAUGAAAAAUAAGUCCAAGAUUCAGCACAACUGGCUGUCAGUGAACCAUAGUACCAUGUUUUGGAUUAAUUAUAAAAUUAUUUAUAUGCUGUAUGUACUGUAAAUAUAUAAAUUGAAUGCAUUUAUUUAUAUAAAGUGGGGGGGGUUUGUCUUGAAAUGUUCAAGCACAAAUUUGUCCUUUCUUCACUUAAACACACAAUUCUCUGCAGGGGGUUGUAAAUGAAAGAAAUUCUCGAAUGUGUUUAAGAAGGGCUCUUGUUUCUUGUCUGUACAUACAGUGAUCUAACCUUUCUGUUCAUAACAGAAGAUAUCAUACUCCAUGUGUGUGUAAAUAAACUGAAUGUUAACUAUUGUUUGGAACCAA